AGAGCUGAUCAAAAAUACAAUAAACAAUAUUAUUUUCUAUUCACAAAGUCUUCAAUUCGAGUCCUCGUAUACAGAAACUAUCGCGCGAAAGCCACGAUGUCAAUCUAGAUUCUACCCCGCACAAACCAAAUCGGAUCGGCGCAGGGGAAUCCACAAACGGGAUAUGCCUGCGAAUCCGGCCUUUCUGGGCCGUGCUCUCCAGGAUAACCUUUAUACGGACGAACGGAAUCUCUUAUGCGGGCACAAAUCAACGACCAGGUUCACGAGUUUAUGGAAUGAGAAAGCGGAGGUGUCAGGAUGAGAAAGCGGGGGAUUGAUGCCUAUAAUAGAAAGGGACUGGGGUCGCAAUCCGUGAUUUGAUACAAAAGCUACCAGAGCAGUUCCGUGAGGCCGAGAUACAAGGACAAGGGCGUACGGAUGCGAGCGCAGAAUCAACGAUCCACAAUGCGACAAGGACAAGGUCACUCACGUGGGCAUACGGACGAAUGCGCAGGUUGAUGCGAGGGAACACAGUCCUGGUACGAGCGGAGACGGUGGAUUGAUCGAGGGGUGUGUGCGAUGAGAUUGGGAUUCUUGGGAUGCUGGAUGGAUUAGAGAACGAUCAAGGAUCACGGAGUUGUUCGUGUUUGGUUUGUAUGGCCUAUUUGCACUGUUUGUUAUUUCUCGGUGCCGGUAUAUUCAGGCAGCAAUCAGGCCACAGCUGUCCACAUAAUCUCACCGGAAAAAACAACAACAUUCGAUCCAUCCGAAAUAUCUCCAUGUCGAGUCCCACCGUAUUACUAUCGACUCACCGGAUGAGGACUUAGAUAUUUAGCUAGCAAUGUCAUCCGACACGGGUCUUGAAACGCGAUUUUGCUGCCGUGACUUUUGUUGUACAACUGGACCUUUCUGCGAAAUGGUCGAAGCUUCUAUGAUAUGAACGAUAAGAUGGUCUCGAAUCUCUGCUGAAAAAUUGCGCCAGCGGUCUAUUUUAAUUUCCGCUUUAAUGGGCGCACUAUCGUGGAAAGAUCAUGAACUUCAUUGGUUUCUAUCUAGGUCUCCGGGGACCAGUAACUAACUAACUAAGUGGUGUCACGUGACAGACUGUCGCCAGUUGGAGCCAGAAUCACGUGACUAACAGAAUACGGAAGUCGGACUACGGAACGGUUCGCAAAUACCACAAAAAACCAGAAUCCCUUGAAAGGCGUCCUUUUUGGUGAAACGGUUUAAGUUCCGACAGCGACUGAGGUGCGCUGACUGAUUUGCAUUAACUAGGAACUGUUUUGAGGCAAGAAAACAUGUGUUUUUAGAUCGAUUCGCGAAACGAUAUAGUCGCAGAAAUGUUUCAGAAAUAUCGCUACGGACGGAAAUACCGCCUGGUGCGAAAUCGCUCCAUUGCGAACGACAGUCCCGCACAUGGUUGAGUACAGACAUGCGAAUCUCGUAGCGUCACGAAUCUAUCUCAUGCAAUGCAACCACUCCUGCUCGAAUUGUCAAAGCAGAAUGACAGUCUUUCUUGCAAUCGGCGUGUCAGCCACGGAGAAGAACACAGCUAGAUCGACCAUUCUCUUGUUUGCGAUGCACUAGAAAGCGGCGAGGUGCAUUGGUGUUGGUUUUAGCGGGAUAUCAGUGGCAGUGCGACAAGACAAGUGUGGAGGCAGCGCUAAGAAGUUCAUUUUUAUUUGCUUGAACGCCUACUACCCUGGCACAUUUGACUGCGCCGUAUUUAAUAGACAGUAGACCACGGGCCGUUGCAAGUCUUUCUUAUAUGGGUACUUUCUCAUGCGUAAAGAGACAUUUCCAUAGACAAAUGGUAUAUAGAUUAGCAAUGGACACGAUGUAUUCAACGUACUCCUGAAAUGAAACUGAUCAACUGAUUGUAAGAAGACCGACACAAUACCCAGCCAACAAUGGAUAACCUCGACGUGAUACAAUUUCCGACAUUGACAGUCUUGUCAUCAAGCAGCAAUAACCAAUCUUCUGAUACCUCCAACUUACCUAAAACAAUCAAAAAGACUGUCAGGAAAAAAUUGUAUAAACGAACUAUAAGACGAUCGUCAUCAAGCAGCUCAAGUCCUCGAAGAUCAAGCACCAGGAAAUCAUCUCCGCCAUUUACAAACCGAAGACAUAAAUGGAGCAUACUUCAAUAUAAAGAGGGCAAGAAUUGGUCUUUCAAAGGGCGAUCUCGCAAGGCCGUUCCGGAGAGUGAUACAACACCGUCAUCCGCCAAAAUACCCACCCCAUACACGCCUCGGUUGACGAGUUCAGUUUCCUAUGGAGAAUCGCUGUCCGCUCCGCAAUCUACUCAAAGCCCUAUAGUCAUUGAUAGCGAACAUGAUGAGGACCCGCUCACGCCGUCUCCAAUCCGCAACUCCCCAUUAUAUGGACGAAGAACCAGACGGCAAAAUAUCAGCUUUCGUGGAAGGGCACGAUCAUCUUCUUCUGUGCUAUACCGCGACCUACCUACAGAAACACCUAAAGCUCACUUUAUGCCUCUGUAUCCGGAACUGCGAGAUGACACUACCACCGACAUGAGAUUGAUAGAAAGAAUACUCAAAGGACCGACAGCCGAACAACGAGAUCGCAAACGGGGCCUGUUAUACACCGCUGGCCUAGAAGGUGAAACUCGCUACAUUAAAAUCGGGUAUACCGACGGCGACCUUCAGACACGCAUGAAUGCACUGAGCUCUCCGAGGAAGACGGGAACCGUAUACAGUAUAAACGACCUCACCCCUGGUGGCCAAAGCAGGUUUCUGAAUUCCCAUCAUGCCGAACAGAUUAUCCAUUUAGAGUUGUAUAAUCGACGGCACCGAUUCAUUGAGAAAAACCAAUGUGAAUGGUUCAAAUUGGAAAUAGAGGAAGCCCACCGAGUCUGCCGGAAAUGGAGAAAUUGGUUCAGAUAUUGGGAGCCAUAUGACGAGAAGCAGCAACUCAAAGAAUUUUGGAGGGAACGGAUAACCCGAAUACAGGCCCGUGAUCCUUAUGAUGCUGCUAAACAUGGCAGCCUACAUCAGCGGUGGAAUAGAGUUUUGAACCCAACUCGAGUUGGGAUUGUCUGGAGAACGCUUCACAGAUGGCAGACGUGGUUACGCGAGCAAUAUCUUUUCAUCUCCGCUGUUCUGGUACUCGCUUCCUUGGCCAUACAUGUAUAUGGUGUUCUAACCUUCAUUCUGUGGAUUGUUGGCCCUGCUGGUUUUGUGGUCUGGAUUACAGAGACAAACAACCACGGAAAGAAACUUGAAAACAAAGGGCGCUGA